GUACGGCCCUCGACGUCUUCCUCAGACUGCUGCUGCGAUUCAUGGCCCGGACUAAGGCUCAUCAGCAAGUAGCGCGAUGCACGACCCCCACAGCAAAGCAGAACCCUGUGCACUCUGGGCCCAUUCCUCUCCUCUGAAUAUAUCAAUGGAACUCUCCUCUGCCGCUCCUCGCCUUCCCCCCCUCCCGUCGUGAACCGUCCUCUCCGUUGGCACCCACUGAGCGUGCUCUACUUCAAGAUCUGUCUACCAGGUGUGCCAAUACUCGCUGUCUGCAUCAGGUGUGCCAAUACUCGCUGUCUACUCGGGCUGUUUCUGGUGCCGCACCAAGCAAAACCAUCGGCUUUGAGACCUGAACCCCUGCAGCAGCCCCUCUGCCCUCAGCACUCGGCUAUCCCGCCGCACCCCUACGCUGACGCCCACCGCGGUCUCACUCACCUCCCCCUCACCCUUCAUGGACUCCACCUCGCCCCCUGCAGCCUCCCCCAUGGCUGUCUCUCAUGAUGACCCCACCACACGUCGAGCAGCGCUGACGCAGCGCAUCUUAGCCCAGCAGACUGCAGACCUUCCAGCUGACGGGCAGAAGAUGGCGGGAAUGGAGACCGCCAUCAAGCAGCUGGUGAUGCAAUCUGGAGUUUCGAGCACUUCUCUGACCCUCGAUGACAUCAUCAAGGUCGGCGUGGCGGCUGCAGUGUCCGGCUACGACAUGGCCAUGCGAGCGACUGCCGAGAUCCUUCCCGAGGCCGUGGCAGACGUCCAGGAGACGACGGCCGACUCCAUGCGCAGCCUCGAUGACGCCGUCACCCAUCUAGGCCACAAGCACGACCAGCUGCUCGGUGGCGUCACUCAUGCGGUCGCUAACCUCACCAAAGUGGCCAUCCACCAGGACAGCCGCCUGGACGCCAUCAGCGGAAGGCGGUUCAAGGGCGGCUUCGCAUCAAGAACGUGCUGCACCCCAAUGACCCUCCCCUCCCCCCCGCCCACCUCAAGGCGUACAUCUGCAGCCUCCUGGCCAACGCCACCCCCUCCCUCCCCCCAUUCGACACGCGCAGCUUCGCGUGCUUCGCAGUGGGCUCCCGCUCGCGUGAUGUCAUCAUCCACUUCCACGAUGGUGACUUGUCCUCAGCCCUGCAUGCACGUAUGGAGAGCGGUCAUGGCCUGCAGCUCUUCAAUGGACCGACCUACCCGCUGUUGAGUGAGAGAACGGCUGGCGACCACCUCAAGUACGGAUUGCGUCUGGCCGAGCGCACACAAAAGGCGGAUGACAUCUAUGUGGGACCGGCAUUGGCUGUCCCGUCGGCAGAGGCGCUCUCGCCCCCCCACCCCACAUAUGACCUGCACCUGCUCACGCCGCUCGCCCUCCCACGUGUGUCUGCGCGCGACUUCACGGAGGCCGUUCAUCAGCUCAACGACGCUGUCGACCCCCUCCCCCCGUCCAUCCCAGAUGCCCGCCCGUCCUCACCCCCACCCAACCAACGCAAGCGCCACCGUGCAUCACCCGCACGCCCGGCACUGUCGACGCACCCUCGCCCGGCGUCCCAGGUCCCGCUGAUGCUGCCGGCGCCGUCGACACCAGCGGGAGCAGGCCCGUCGAUGCACACACGGCCACCGUCGGUGCCUACUAGACCGUCUCGGCCUCGGGCGCCGCCCAUGCCCGCCAUGUCACCGGCGUCCGCGUCCAUGCCAUCGGGGGGGUACAUGGCACCUCCGCCAGCACCGGUGCCGUAUGCAACGUACAUCCAGCCCCUCUCCUCGUGCGCACCCCCUGCCCCACAGCCCGGCCCCUAUGCACCCCAUCCGCAGCUCUUCCCCUCCAGUGCAUCCCCGGCCCCGCACCCUGCCAACGCAUCCCACCCCAUGUUGGCCCCGAUCACGGAGGAGCUCACGGAGGAGCAACUGGACGAGCUGAACCGCGAGGGCGAGAUCUUCUCCCGCUCCGCCAGCAGUCGCUCGCUGGCCUCCAUGCGGACAGCUACUAGCCUGCCGGGCCCCUACCCACCCCACAAGCCGGGCGUCAUGUCAACGUGGGCUGGCCUCAAUGCCCCCGGCGUCCCCCGUUUUCGUCACCAACGCUAAGGACAAGGGGAAGGGA